UGACCUCACAUCCGGCGCGGGAGUCCUGAGCUCGCGGGGCGCUCCCCGUGUGCCCGCCGGCCCUCCCCGCAGCGUGACCGGGCGCCGUGGCCGCGGGGAGGGGGUCCGCUUCGUCGCCGACGGCGGGAGGCCGCUUCGCAGCACAGACCACCUCCCACCCCUGCCGGUCUUCCGCGCCGCGCUCCCUUGUUCACGCCCUGCCCGGCUGCACGCCGCCGCCGCCGCGGGCGCUGAUAGCGGAGCGCGGACGCCCCUGCGCCCGGUGCGGCCCGGGCCCCGCCGCGGCGUCUCUGUUCCUACAGCCCGAGCCGCGACGCGCGGCGGCGGACCCUCGAGCCCGAGCGACCCGCGGCCGCCGGCGCCGGCCGAGGGUGAUGGGGCUGGGCUGAGGAGAGGCGGCGGCAGUGGCGAAAGCGGCCCCCCGGCCCCCUGCGGCCUUUUGGCUGCCCGGGCCGGGAGGCCGCGGAGAAGGCGGCACGGCGGCGCGGCUGGUCUGACAGAAGCAUCCUAGGAUCUUGGUGUCUGAACAUAAGAGUUAUCUUCACCUGUUGUGUGAAGCACAGCACCUUCAAGCCACUGUAGAAAUGGACAAAGAAGAAAGGAAGACUAUCAACAAGGGUCAAGAAGAUGAAAUGGAGAUACAUGGCUAUAACUUAUGCCGCUGGAAGCUUGCCAUGGUUUUUGUAGGAGUGAUUUGUACUGGUGGUUUCCUCCUCCUCCUCCUCUACUGGAUGCCUGAGUGGCGAGUGAAAGCCACGUGUGUUAGAGCUGCAGUUAAAGACUGUGAAGUGGUGCUUCUCAGGACGACUGAUGAAUUUAGGAUAUGGUUUUGUGCAAAAAUUCACUUUCUUCCUGUGGAGAAUCAACCAAAUUUGAAUGCAAAAUCUUUAGUUAAUAAGGUUUCUAAUGGCCAUGCUGUUCGUCUGACUGAAGAAAAUAGAUGCGAGAUGAAUAAAUACUCACAGAGUCAGUCACAACAGAUGCGUUAUUUUACCCACCAUAGCAUAAGAUAUUUCUGGAAUGAUGCUAUUCACAAUUUUGAUUUCUUAAAGGGACUGGAUGAAGGUGUAUCUUGUGCAUCAAUUUAUGAAAAGCAUAGUGCAGGACUGACAAAGGGGAUGCAUGCCUACAGAAAGUUGCUUUAUGGAGUAAAUGAAAUUGCUGUGAAAGUGCCUUCUGUUUUUAAGCUUCUAAUUAAAGAGGUUCUCAACCCAUUUUACAUUUUCCAGCUGUUCAGUGUUAUCCUGUGGAGCAUUGAUGAAUACUAUUACUAUGCUCUAGCCAUUGUGAUUAUGUCCAUAGUGUCCAUUAUAAGUUCACUGUAUUCCAUUAGAAAGCAAUAUGUUAUGUUACAUGACAUGGUGGCAACUCAUAGUACCGUGAGAGUUUCAGUCUGUAGAGUAAAUGAAGAAAUAGAAGAGAUCUUUUCUACUGACCUUGUGCCGGGAGAUGUCAUGAUCAUUCCAUUAAAUGGGACAGUCAUGCCUUGUGAUGCAGUGCUUAUUAAUGGUACUUGCAUUGUAAAUGAAAGCAUGUUAACAGGAGAAAGUGUUCCAGUGACAAAGACUAAUUUGCCAAAUCCUUCAGUGGAUGUGAAAGGGAUGGGGGAGGAGCCGUACAGUCCAGAAAUACAUAAGCGACACACUCUGUUUUGUGGGACGACUGUUAUUCAGACCCGUUUCUACACUGGAGAACUUGUGAAAGCCAUAGUAGUUAGAACAGGAUUUAGUACUUCCAAAGGACAGCUUGUUCGCUCUAUACUGUAUCCCAAGCCAACUGACUUUAAACUCUAUAGAGAUGCCUACUUGUUUCUACUGUGUCUUGUGGUGGUGGCCGGAAUAGGGUUUAUCUACACAAUCAUCAAUAGCAUCCUAAAUGAGAAAGAAGUUCAGGAAAUAAUUAUUAAGUCUCUUGAUAUCAUUACAAUUACUGUGCCACCUGCUCUCCCUGCUGCAAUGACUGCUGGGAUUGUGUAUGCUCAGAGAAGACUGAAAAAAGUUGGUAUUUUCUGUAUUAGUCCCCAGAGGAUAAACAUCUGUGGACAGCUGAAUCUCGUUUGCUUUGACAAGACUGGAACUCUUACUGAAGAUGGUUUAGAUCUGUGGGGAAUUCAGCGAGUGGAAAAUACCCGAUUCCUUUUACCAGAAGACAAUGUUUGCAGUGAGAUGUUGGUAAAAUCUCAGUUUGUUGCUUGUAUGGCUACUUGUCAUUCACUUACAAAAAUCGAAGGAGUUCUUUCUGGUGACCCACUUGAUUUAAAAAUGUUUGAAGCCAUUGGAUGGAUCCUGGAAGAAGCAACUGAAGAAGAAACAGCACUUCAUAACCGGAUCAUGCCUACUGUGGUUCGUCCUUCCAAACAACUGCUUCCUGAGUCUACAACUGCAGGAAACCAAGAAAUGGAGCUGUUUGAACUUCCAGCUAUUUAUGAGAUAGGAAUUGUUCGCCAGUUUCCAUUUUCUUCUGCCUUGCAACGGAUGAGUGUGGUUGCAAGGACACUGGGUGACAAGAGGAUGGAUGCCUACAUGAAGGGGGCCCCUGAGGUCAUCGCCAGUCUCUGCAAACCUGAGACAGUUCCAGUUGAUUUUGAGAAAGUGUUAGAAGAUUAUACCAAACAAGGCUUCCGUGUAAUUGCUCUUGCACACAGAAAAUUAGAGUCAAAGCUGAGCUGGCAUAAAGUACAGCAUAUUAACAGAGAUGCCAUUGAAAACAACAUGGAUUUUAUGGGAUUGAUUAUAAUGCAGAACAAAUUGAAGCAGGAAACCCCUGCAGUACUUGAAGAUUUGCAUAAAGCCAACAUUCGAACUGUCAUGGUCACAGGAGACAACAUGUUGACCGCUGUUUCUGUGGCCAGAGACUGUGGGAUGAUUCUACCUCAGGAUAAAGUUAUUAUUGCUGAAGCAUUACCUCCAAAGGAUGGAAAAGUUGCCAAGAUCAAUUGGCAUUAUACAGACUCCCUGACACAGUGUAGUGAAUCAUCAGCCAUUGACUCAGAGGCUAUUCCAAUUAAACUUGCCCAUGACAGUUUAGAGGAUCUUCAGGUGACUCGCUAUCAUUUUGCGAUGAAUGGAAAGUCAUUUUCAGUGAUACUGGAACAUUUUCAGGAUCUCGUUCCUAAGUUGAUGCUGCAUGGCACUGUGUUUGCUCGAAUGGCACCAGAUCAAAAGACACAGUUGGUGGAAGCAUUGCAGAAUGUAGACUACUUUGUUGGGAUGUGCGGUGAUGGUGCAAAUGAUUGUGGUGCUUUGAAGAGGGCACAUGGUGGCAUUUCCUUAUCUGAGCUGGAAGCUUCUGUGGCAUCUCCUUUUACUUCUAAGACACCUAGUAUCUCCUGUGUGCCAAACCUUAUCAGGGAAGGCCGUGCUGCUUUAAUGACAUCCUUCUGUGUGUUUAAAUUUAUGGCAUUAUACAGCAUCAUUCAAUACUUCAGUGUUACUCUCCUGUAUUCUAUCUUGAGUAACCUGGGAGACUUUCAGUUUCUCUUCAUUGAUCUGGCAAUCAUUUUGGUGGUAGUAUUUACAAUGAGUUUAAAUCCUGCCUGGAAAGAGCUUGUGGCACAGCGACCACCUUCAGGCCUCAUUUCCGGGGCGCUCCUCUUCUCCGUCUUGUCUCAGAUUGUGAUCUCCGUUGGAUUUCAGUCACUGGGUUUUUUCUGGGUCAAGCAGUAUAAAGUGUGUGAUCCAAAUUCAGAUGCUUGUAAUGCAACAAGAAGCGCAUGUUGGAACUCAUCACACUUAUACAAUGGGACUGAACUCGAUUCAUGUAAAAUACAAAAUUAUGAAAAUACCACAGUGUUUUUUAUCUCCAGUUUUCAGUACCUCACAGUGGCAGUUGCCUUUUCAAAAGGAAAACCAUUCAGGCAGCCUUGCUACAAGAAUUAUUUUUUUGUUAUAUCUGUGAUUAUUUUGUAUGUUUUCAUAUUAUUCAUCAUGUUGCAUCCAGUUGCCUCUGUUGACCAGGUUCUCGAGAUUAUGUGUGUACCAUACCAGUGGCGCAUAUAUAUGCUUAUCAUUGUUCUUAUCAAUGCCUUCGUGUCUAUCACGGUGGAGAGCUUCUUCCUUGACACGGUCCUUUGGAAAGUUGUGUUCAAUCGAGACAAACACGGAGAGUGUCGUUUCAGCACCACACAGCCACCACAGGAGUCAGUGGAUCGAUGGGGGAAAUGCUGCUUGUCCUGGGCCCUGAGCUGUAGAAAGAAGACUCCAAAAGCAAAGUACAUGUACCUAGCACAAGAGCUCCUCGUCGAUCCUGAGUGGCCGCCUAAGCCUCAGACAACGACGGAAGCCAAAGCUGUAGUAAAGGAGAAUGGAUCAUGUCAGAUUAUCACCAUAGCAUAAUGGGGACUGCUGCUGUGCCAGUAGCAGUGCUGAGCAGGAUGUGCUGUUGAGCUUCUCUGACCCUGUGUUGGAAUGGCACUAGUUCAGUUUAUAUCCGCCUCAUAAUACGGCAGUUGAUUAAAACACAGAACAGUAAAAUGUCAUUUGCUGCACAGUUAUUAACUAUAAAUCUGGCUAUAUCUUCAUGCAGUAACCUAAAUAUGAUAAACACUUUAUAUUGGGUAUGAGAGAAGUAUGUUUGGGUUUUAUAGAUUUUAGCUUUUGACGCUAGUUUGCCCCUUUAAUAUUCAUAAAUCCCCUUAUUAGAAAGUUCUUUUACAUAUAGGUCCAAAAAUUGUGAUUACUAAAAAUAUAGUUAAUUGUGAUUAGCCUUUAGUGAAAAUAGGUUGAAAGCCUGUUUUGAUCCGAUGUUUCUCCCAAAGAACGCCAUGUUAAACAUUGUCUUUUAUGACCUGGAGUUAGGGGUGAGUUUGUGUGUUCUUGAUAGAGCAACUCAGGUGAUUUCCAUUUCUGGUUUAUAUUCUCUGUGUAGCCUACCUGGGUGUCACUUCUAGACAGUAAGGUGUUCACUGCUUGCUGUCCUGAGAUGUCCUUCAUAGUAUUCCAUGGGUCCCGUGCAGUAUCUGACAUCAACAGUAUAGUUAAGCAAAGAACUCUCUCACUAGAAAAGUUUAUUUCUGAGCCAGGCAUGACAGUAAAGGCCCCUAAUCCUGCACAGAUGGCUGAGGCAGGAGAAUUGUUUAAUCCAAGGAUAGCCUAGAAUAGAUUGUAAAAGCCUGUCUCAGAAUACACAUGCAGAGAAAGAUUGAGGUUAUUUCUCUUAGCAGUAGAUUUCAUUCAUAUCUCUCCAUACCUAUUUGUUUCUUCUUUGGGGACUUGUAUCAUUUUAAAUAUUUCAUAUUCAUUCUCUCCCUCCCUCCUCCCUAAAGGUAUGGGAUGAUGCUGUUUUUGUUUUGUUUCGAGUUAGAUCUUAACCUUGCUAUAUGUCUCUCUUUUGAAUAAUGGGGCUUAAAAGAAUAAUGAACAUUCAAAAAGAAUUUGAAUGACUUAAAACACAAUAUGAUCUUGUAGAGCUUGUUUCAUGCCAAUAGGUGGCACCAGAGAUCAUCACAUACCUAUUUUGUAACAAGUGAGCUUGAGAAAAUUAAAAAAUAUAAUUUAUUUAGCCAAAAGGAAUAAGGAAAGCAUUUACACAUUUGUGUUUUAUCUGAUUCUGUUCGGUUCUCGAGGAACUUUCACAAUGCCUUCCUAGGUAGGACAAGGUAGUUUUGGCAGUGCCUUCAGUUUGGCAGUGAUAUUAAAUGAACCCUAAAUUAGCAAAACAAUGUAACAUUAUUCUGUGUUCUUUCUUAAACUAACUACAAGUAUAUGCUUUCCACUCCAGUUUACCAAAUGUUAACCAGAUUUGUGGAACCUUUCCCCCGCCCCCCCCUUUUUUUUUAAUGUUGCAAAGACCCGAAUGAUGUUUGAUAAUUGUAGAAAAAGUAAGUUAGUCUCAGGAUCACUGUUACUGCUAUUGCCACUAGUGAUUCUUAGGAAAUUAUAUAAUCGACUUUUUCAACAAAAUGUAUGAUGCUAUUAUAUGUUAGAUACUAAGAACAAUUGUCCCAUGGAUGAUUCUAUGAAGCUAUGCAUCUUAGACCUCUUGAGCUGUGAAUUAGCACUAUUUUCUAUAGUUACUUAUCUAUUGUUUUAUACUUUCUAUGUUCAUGUCAAAUAAUGUUAAUGUUAUUCAAUCAUUUUCUGAAUUGUUAACUCUUGUUUAAAUACUGAAACAUGAUUGAUAACUACAGCUUAGAAACCCAAUAUCAAUUGUAUUUAACAUCUUUAAGAGCAUGAUCAUAAAGGCUAUUUUGGCAGUUCAUUUUAACAUUUAGAGUUGAUAAGGUUUUAUAUCUCAUCUGUUCAUAUUGUUUGCAAAGGAACAAGGUUUUAUGUAGGUGAGAAAAAAAGCAUUUGUAGGAAGUUAGAUGUGAACAUAGACAGGAUAGGUUAUUCCAGUUGAGAAUGUCAUUUGAGGAGUGUCUGUGAGUGCAGGCAUGGGUCCUGCUUAGUGCCACAGUAGACCGAGUCUUGUAGGUCACCAUUACAUAGUAAUUUUGGUUCUGAAUUUUACAUUAAAUUAUUUGAGUAUAUACAGACCUAAAUUUUAAAAUCUGUACAUAUAUUAUUUUGAUGUAUUAAGAUUGAUAUUGCUGAUUUAAAUUUUAUUUAUGCACAUACUUAAAGGACAGAAAUGUCUGGGAAAGUAAUUGUUAAAUAAUGAUAUGUAGCUUUUUAACUUUUUAAAUAAAUAACAAGAUUUUUUAAUGUGGGUUUCCCUCAGGGUUGUUUAAAGUUAUUUGUUUUCCUCCCUUACAUAUAAAUAAAUAAUGGUAACUAUGUUUUCUAUCUUGUAGCACCAACUGCUGUAAGGGAACGCUGCAGAUAGUGCUUGGGCGAGAAUGUGGUGCCAACAAGCCUGAGAUUCAAACGCUUUCCAUUUAAGCAAAUCUGUCCUUUUUUAUACAUUAUUUUGUUUCCCAUGUUGAUGAAAGUACUGCACAGUUUCAAAGGCAUGGCAAAUAAUGUGUUUCUUUCAUUCAUAUAUAUAUAUAUAUUUAUAUUCAUCAUAUAAAUAUAUAUAUUUAAAGGCAGCAAAAACUCAUAUCCAGUGAAGAGCAACUUCAAGUUUUAGAGAACAUCUGAUAUCUCCUGCAUGCAGUUUUGUUGUAACAAAUAAAAGGAUUUUGUAUAUUUAUGGUGGGAGGCUAUUGGGAACUUUCAACAAAAUAGGGUAUUACCUUUUGUAUAGUCUGGGUAUUUACAUGUAUUUUUAAUGUAUUACAAUUUGGUAAUUAUGUGCACAUGAAAUUAAUAAAAGUUACUUCUGUUAUAAUUUGUGAAUUCCCUGAGACCGUGGAUUUUUUUAAGUAACUUUAUAUAUUGGAAAUGACACAUCUUUAUAUUUUUAAAAUUGUAUUGCUGCUCAAGAAUGGUACCCUGUUGUCAAAAAGGUAGAUAGAUAUUCAUAAUUGUACAUUCAGCAUUGUAAAUACCAUAUGAAAUCCUUUUUGAUUAAAGCUAUUCAAAAUAAAAAUUUUAAUGAAUUAAA